GUCACCUGCUGAAUUUAAUAAAUAUUGUCCACUAGAAGGAACGGAAGAUCGCUUAAACCGACGAGGGCGAUGCCAAGCGGUGGUAACGGAGUGGGUAACGGUGCCGUUAACGCAGCAGGCACAAGCGGAAACACCACCCCAAAGUUCAAGCCUUACCGUCACCUAAAAACCCUAGAAGGGCACACGGCGGCGAUCUCGUGCGUCAAAUUCUCCAACGACGGAAACCUCCUCGCCUCGGCCUCCCUCGACAAGACGAUGAUCCUCUGGUCCGCAACGAACUACUCUCUGAUCCACCGAUACGAAGGCCACUCCGGCGGCAUCUCCGAUCUAGCAUGGUCCUCGGAUUCGCACUACACCUGCUCCGCCUCCGACGACUGCACGCUCCGGAUCUGGGACGCGAGAUCUCCGCCGUACGAGUGUCUCAAGGUGCUUAGAGGCCACACGAACUUCGUCUUCUGCGUCAACUUCAACCCUCCCUCCAAUCUGAUCGUGUCGGGUGCGUUCGAUGAGACGAUUCGGAUCUGGGAGGUGAAGACUGGGAGGUGCGUUCGUGUGAUCAAGGCUCAUUCGAUGCCCGUUACGAGCGUGCAUUUCAAUCGCGAUGGGUCCUUGAUUGUUUCAGGGAGUCAUGAUGGUUGUUGUAAGAUUUGGGAUGCUAAGGAAGGCACUUGCUUGAAGACUUUGAUUGAUGAUAAGUCUCCUGCUGUCUCUUUCGCUAAGUUCUCUCCUAAUGGCAAGUUUAUCCUCGUUGCCACUCUCGACAGUACUCUCAAGCUCUCCAACUAUGCAACUGGCAAGUUUAUAAAGGUCUACACAGGACAUACCAACAAAGUAUUCUGCAUCACUUCUGCCUUUUCCGUGACCAACGGAAAGUACAUUGUCAGUGGAUCUGAAGACAGCUGUGUGUAUCUCUGGGAUCUUCAGCUUAAAACUGUACUCCAGACACUACAAGGCCACACCGACGCUGUCAUCUCUGUGACUUGCCAUCCUGUUCAAAACGAGAUUGCUUCCUCCGCUAAUCAUUUAGAUAAGACCAUCAGGAUAUGGAGACAGGAUGAUGAUGAUGCUUAGAACAUGCUUUUACGUUAUGACUCCUGGAUAACGUCAAUGUAAUUUGCUUUUGUGAGAUUGAUUAUUUUACACAGUUCAAGUGUGAGAGCAAUAUCUGUAUGGUGGUGGUCAAGACACAUGAAAGCAUACUACGAUCAGUUUUCAAUGUUACUUAUCAAACUUACAAUGUACUGAAUAAUUAUGCUCAUUCAACAACUCUAUAAUUUUGUCUCUUAGAUUAUUCAACAUUCAACUUCAACAGUAAGGAGGAGGGA